AUGUCAUGUCAACCUUAUAUGAAAGCUCACAUUUUAUACGCAGAGAACGCUACAGAAGCUUGGGAGUGGUUAGCAGAAUCUGCAUCUUCACCUACAGAGGACAAAGAGAGACAUGAUAAAAUGGUAGCAGAAGCAGCAAAGGCAAAGGAAAAUUUGAAUGGUGUUAUGAAAGCCGAUCUAACUGGAAAUAAUUACAAAAAUUGGAAAUUCUAUGUGGAAAAUUUGUUAGCAAGUAAAUAUCUUUGGAAUGUGGUGGUAGGAAUAGAUAACUUCCGAACGCGUGAUUACAAGGAGAAAAACCGUCAUGCUGAACGGAUUAUAAUGGAGUCAUGUGGAAAAGAAAUGCACCUUACAUUCACGGCCCAUGUGAUGCCAAGAAAGCUUGGGAGAAGUUAGCAGAGGCUGUUUCCGCAGAAGCGAAAGGCAACUACAUAAAGUACUCUCGACUACUCCAUGCUGUCCAAAGAUAUGGAUUCAGGGAGAAGCAUAUCGACCGAAAUGGUAGAUACUGGGGAAGUGCAUGCGAAUAUUUCAAAGAGUUCUCAGAAGCAGUGGUUGCUGAAAUUACAGAAUAUGGAUCUACAGCUCUUCAUGUGGCCGUUAUGUUAGGUAGAGUUGACUUUGUGAAAGAGCUACUAGAACUGAUGACUCCCGAACAACUAGAAAUAAAGACACGACAAGGCAAUGCCUUAUCAGUUGCAGCGGGAGGCAAUAACUUGGAAAUUGUCAAGAUGUUGGCGAAGAUAUGGUACACUAUCUUUACUCCGUCACACCAAAGAAACUGUACCUAAAGCAUGAUAAAUGUAUGGCUACUCUUCUUAUAGCUGCGUUGAG